UUGGAAUACAGUCGCAAAUCGACCUCACUCGUCUGAUUUGGUGGCGAUGCCGCUCGGCGAUUUGCAGGACGGAGCACUUGCAACGACCAAAGGAUGCAUGCGUUUGCGGUUCCAUCAAGGCCGAAACUGAUGGACAGCUUCCGACAUGUGCUGGAGGGUGUUUGUGCGGCCUGAAGUGCAUUCCCACAAGGCAGCUUCCCGGGACGCAUGCCGAGCUCUGGCGCCCCUCCUCUUAUUUUCUGUCUCUCCCUCUCUUUUUUUACUUUUUUUCAUUGUUCCCGUCUCUUUUUUUCCCUUCUCACACAGAGCCGUACCAAAGCAGGAGAAUGGUUGAGGCGGAAAACACCACAGCACAAAGGGAGCACAGUAACGCCUCAGCAUGGGAACACUAGAUCCAUGCAGGCAGCCUCGGGAAACAAAAUCACCAGUGCCAUGGAGGCACGCGGAUAUCGUCGCAAAGGAUGGCAAGAAAAGGCAGGAGAUGGAAGGACAAGGGAAAACGGCUUACCUGUGGGCGGUGGAUAUGUAUGUACCAGAAGGAUAAACAAUGUACUCGUAGCCAAGAAAAUUCGGAAGAGGCAGCAAGGGGAAGAAGGGAGAAAAGAGGCCGGGCUGCCAGAUUUAUGAGAUUGCCAGUAAUCCGAACGGCCGUCGUAGCGGAAUCGCAAAAAGAAGAACGAAUCUGCACACGGAACAAGGUUAAAACCAACACAUAUAAGCCACAAAGGUAAAAGGAAGAGGACAAGAAAAGAUGGAGGAGGAGAGGGAGAAUUAAGGUUGGGCAAGCCAAGUGAACAGGGUGUGGUCAUGGAUGGAUAAAUCGGCUCGUUUGACGCAGGGACGUGUGGGGUUUGGCAGCAGGGGGGAGGGGUGCGGUUAGCGGUUCGGUCUCAGGUGAAAUGCGCUGAAUUUUGGUGAGAUUCGGCCGUUUUUAGUGGUGGCUUUUAGCGAUGCCCUCCGUAGAGUUAUAGCGAUUGAUGGGUUGAGACUUUUUGGCCACCCAGACGACGGGGCUGAACCGUGCCGGUUGAUAGAAACCCGUCUGACUUGCGCCAGGUGG